CCAGCCCUCAGCAGGACCCCACCCCAAGGCCGGGUCCUCUUUGUGGGCCCUCCUGCACCUGCCACAGCCACAGCUGGGCUGCAGCUCAGCCACACCUCUGCAGCGUCUGUGCCUUCUUCAUGCCCUCCUGUCAGCGCCAAAGGCCUGGAAGAUUCCGUCACCCUCCCCACGGGAUCCAGCCCUCCCCGUCCCCUCCCCUCUCCCUGCCCCAGCCCCCACAUCUGCACUCAACAGCUCAGGAAGGGGAAGUGCGUGUCUCGGCCACCCGGCCUGUGCAGGGAGAACCAGAACCCUAACCGGGCAGCUCCUAGGCCCCGCCCAUGAGGGGCACCCCCUGGUGGGGCUGGAGUGGGGGGGCAGAGACCAGGCAGGCACAGCGCAGGUGGCAGCGGUGGCGGAGGCCUGGUCCCAUGGUCCCCAAAACCUUUUCUGUCCUGGGCCCGUCCUCAGGGGAGGGGCUGCUACCCUUCCUGUGAGGCCACAGAUGAGGAACCCGUGACGUCUCCCCACUCAUCUCCAGCCGGGCUCUGGGCCUGUGGCCCUCACAGCUGCUCUGCUCCACGGGACCAUGGGCGGCGGGGCCCAGACCCCAGCCCUCACUGCCCUCCUCUGCCUGGGGCUGUGCCGGGUGUCAGGGGAUGGGGCACAGGCGGGGGCCCUCCCCAAGCCCUCCAUCUGGGCCGACCCAGGCCCCCUGGUCGCCGUGGGGAGCCCUGUGACCCUCUGGUGCCAGGGGUCUCUGCAGGCUGAGGUGUAUCGUGUGUAUAAAGAGGGCAGCCCUCUGCCCUGGGAAAUGUGGGCCCAACAGGACUCCAGACACAAGGCUGACUUCCCCAUCACCAUGUCCAUGAGCUCCUACCACACAGGGCAGUACUGGUGUGUGUAUCGGACCCUGCUCGGCCUCUCCCAGCCCAGUGACCCCCUGACCCUGGUGCUGACAGGGAUGUUCCCGGGGCCCUCCCUGUCAGCCCAGCCAAGCCCCGUGGUGGCGUCAGGAGGGCACGUGUCCCUCUCCUGUGGCUCACAUAGGGUGGGCACUGCCCAUCUGCUGAAGGAGGGCGGAGCCGGCCCCCUGCACAGCAUGAAAGCCAGGUUCUCCCAAGUUGCUGGGGUGUGGCAGGCCACCUUCCUCCUGGGCCCCGUGGACAGCACCCACGGGGGCAUCUACAGGUGCUACCGCGCUGAUACUGUGGAGCACCAUGUGUGGUCCCUGCCCAGCGACCCCCUGGAGCUCCAUGUUACAGGAGGACCGGAGCCCAGCAGCCCCUCGCACCCCCAGUCAGGCUCCCCCACUGCCCCAGCGCCCGAGGACCACACCCUGGAGAACCUCAUCCGCAUAGGCGUGGCCGGCUUGGUCCUGCUGGGCAUUGGGCUUCUGCUGGCAGAUGCUUGGUACAGCCACAAGAGGACCCGGGCUGCAGGCCAGCAGUGACCUGGAGAGAGGACAGCCUGGGUCAGAGGCCGCUCCCUGGGGGCGGGGAGGGGGGAGUCGGGUGCACAGUGGGGAACUGUCCCCCCUAGUGUGGGUGCUGGGAGCUGUCUGGGGGCCUCAGGGGCUCUCUAUUCAGCUGUGGACUUCUGCCCUGUGGCUGUGUCCUAUCCCGCCUGGCUCUCCGGUGGGACAGCGCCACCUGCAGGCCGCAUGUAGACCCGCACCCGCCUCCCGCCUUGCUCUACUCUCACGGAGCCUUUUCUCUGUUUCUGGUGAAUGCAGUUCCCAGUGCGCAUGCGUGAGAAUCCGCGUUUCCAGCCAAGAACACGGAGCUUGCGCCAAGUAACAGAAUAAACGAGCGAAAUCGGA